AAUAAGUCUCACCCCGAUUAAUCAAGAUGAACUUUAGUCUGAGUUUGGUAGCCAAGCGAUACUGUUUCGGCCAAAUCACUAGGCCGCCGUCCGGAUCCGGGACUACUUAAUGCCCAUCGCUCGUUAAUUAUUGUCCUUGAGUUGUUCGGUUCCUUUAUCUGGCCUAGUUUCAUCAGGUGCUUGUCACUUUUCUUCAGUUCGUUUUCAUCUUUCUGUAAUGACGGCUGAAGGUGAAGGUAUUAGGCUUCGAAGGACGAAGAGUGUGACGAGAGCUGAAGAAAUACAGAAACAGGAACAACAAUUACGCCGAAUCCAGCCAGAUAAACCAUGCCACAGACCAAGGGACUCCUUGUUUUCCUGGUCAUCAGGGUUUACAAACUUUGCAGGUCUUGUCAAUUGGGCAUUUCUUCUUUUGACUAUGGGUGGAGUAAGACUCCUCUUAGAAAACCUUAUCAAAUAUGGUAUCAGAGUUGACCCUCAUCAGUGGCUAGUUGUGCUGACUGGAAGUAGAGAAGGUGAUCCCGAUCACCCAUCUUUGUAUUUGGCUUCAUAUGCUGUUGUACCUAUUUCGUUAUGUCUCCUCUUAGAAAAAGGAUUAGCUGGGGAAAAAAUUGCUGCAAAUAUAGGUUCUAUAGCUCAUGUUGUAAACCUUGCACUUCUUGUUACUCUUCCAAUGGUUGUAAUUUACAUCAAACCUACUGGUUUCAGCCUUUUGGGAGCUUCAGGGGUUUGUUUUUUGUAUUCUGUGCUUUUCUUAAAACUGUGGUCAUAUGUUCAAGUAAAUCUGUGGUGCAGAACAGCUCGUGCUUCACAUAAAAGCACACUCAGAAGAAUGAGUGUGUCUUUAAGUAAACUAAGUAACGGUAGCGCUAACCACAAUGAUCCCAUAGAAGACCACCUGGUUUAUUACCCUGACAAUUUAAAUGUAAAGGAUAUCACUUAUUUUAUCCUUGCUCCGACACUGUGCUAUGAACUAAACUUUCCUAGAACUGAUCGUAUCAGGAAAAGAUUUCUUUUGAAACGUUUGCUGGAAGUGAUAGUUCUUUUACAACUGAUAUUAUGCUUAUUUCAGCAGUGGAUUAUUCCCUCAGUCAAAAACUCUUUAAUCCCAUUUUCUAAUAUGAACUUGAUGUUGGCUACAGAACGUUUAUUGAAACUUUCUAUACCUAAUCAUCUUGUUUGGCUUACAUUUUUCUAUUUAUCGUUCCAUUCUUUCCUUAAUAUGAUGGGUGAAAUUUUGCAUUUUGCUGACAGAAAUUUUUAUUGUGAUUGGUGGAAUGCUGCCAAUAUUGAUGUAUUUUGGCGUACAUGGAAUAUGCCAGUUCAUAAGUGGUGUGUCAGACAUUUGUACAUUCCUAUGGUUGAGCAAGGGUACUCCAAAACUACAGCAAGUGUUACAGUUUUCUUUAUUAGUGCAUUCUUUCAUGAAUAUCUUGUGAGUGUCCCGCUGAGGACAUUCAAAGUUUGGGCUUUCCUUGGAAUGAUGAGCCAGCUGCCAUUAUCCCAUUUAUGUCGUUCCGUGGAAAAGAACUUGGGACCUAGAUGGGGCAAUAUGAUUGUAUGGGCCUCUCUUAUCCUCGGGCAACCAUUGUGCAUCAUGAUGUACUAUCACGAUUAUGUUAUUACUCAUUUUGGUGAAUCACUUUUAGAAAGUUAUGCCAGCAUAUAAGAAGACUGAAGCAAAGUAUCUUCAUGUACUUUUUGGAAAUUAAUUUUUUGCUCAUUAACAUUCUAAAGUAAUUUUUGUAAAACGAUAUCUAUAAGUUUAAUCACAAUGCUAGUUUGUUGUUUAUUAAUAUUUGUAUUUAAGAUCUCUUUAAGAGUAGAAACUAGUUUCUA